AUGGUUCUUCAUCCAAUCAACGAAUGUUUAUCUCCGGCUGAACAAAAUCAAAACAGUCUUAUUCCUAACAGCAUAAUACAGUUUCCGAUAAAUGAUCCAACUCAAUCAAAAAGUGGUUUAACUUGUCCUGUUGUUGGAACUUAUAAUGACGCUAAAAUAUAUCCCAGCUUUUUCUCUCAAUUAGGAACGUUCUUUCCUAUUAUGGGCCUUCUUUUUACUGUAGCUGUUUAUGGUACAACAUCCGUGUUUGGAUAUAUAACGACAUGUCUACUUGAUGAUAUUGUUAUUUUGGGGACAUCCUUAGUACUCAUUAUUUCGUGGUACAACUUCGCCAAACCAGUCUGGUUGGCUUUAUUAGCAAGAUUAUUGCAAGAUGCUUCAAGCAAGAGUGGUGUUGUAAAAACUUUUUUACAAGUAAAAAAUGCAGUUGUAAUUGUUGGGUCUGAUUCUGGACCAGUUGGAAAUAAUUACAAUCAUGAACUCUUUGUACUUUGUUGUGUUUUUAUUGUAACUGCUGUAGCUGUUCUGGCUGUACUGGGGUAUCUUAGAUAUGAUUUUCACCAAAAACGGGAAAUUCUUAGCAAUCCAAAUAAUAAACUCUACAGGCGUUUCUACAAGAGAUUAAAAGCCGUCAUUAUUUGGAUUUACUUUAUCCAUUCAUUUGAAGUCAUAAUUUAUACUAUUUUGCAAUUCGUGUAUGUCUUUAAAGUACUUUUAUACAUACAAGGAGAAGGGGAAAUUGGUCUUGUUGAAGUUCUAAGAGCAAUUGAUUUGCUAACCAUAAAUUAUCUCAUGAAGAUUUCUUAUUUCAUCUCAACCACUACUUUAAUUACCUCGUAUUACUUUCCUAAUUUAGAACUACGUUUCAUAAAAUUGAUAAAAAGGAUUUUCAGAAAAGACACUGGUAAACUUACUGAAGAUGAAAGAAGGUAUUACCAAGGUUUUAUUCGUAAGAAAACUUUCUUUCUUACCGCUGCCCUUUCUUUAGGCCAAAUAUUUUUUGAAUAUUACUGGUUUUGUACUCCUUCAAUUAUCAGCACAGUUUUCAACACCAUUCUUACCACAGUUUUGACUCGUUCAAUCGCAUCAUUCUUUUCUAAUCAGGGAAUAGUUAAAUACAUUUAUAAAAAUAAAGAAGGUGUUGAACAUGUCAAAGAGGAUAACGAUAUUGAAGAUAAAACAAAAGUUUACGCAGAAGUUGGCAUUAUGGAUAUUUAUAAUGUUAAAAGUUUUAAUAUAAAUAAGGAUAAGUAUGAUGGCGACAGUGUUAUAUGUCCUAGUAAUUUGGAAAAAUAUUCAGUUGAUUCUACGGGUAAUUAUGUUUAUGUUUAUACAAAAUCCACAGAAAAAAAUGUAGAGGAAACGAGUAAUUCAAAGGGUAAGGAUGAGGAUGAGAUUAAUGAAUUAGAUAAAGAAGUAAACACUAAGAAGCCCAAGUCUAAGCAAUAUUACUACGUUAUGCCUGUUCAACAAUCUAUGUACUUUGUUAAACUUGAUUUUGAUGAAAGUAAAAUCAAGAAAGUAACGAAUGUAUACGAGGAAGAUUACAAUGAUAAAAAGAACAAAUACAUCGAAACAAAAAAAUUAUACAAGGAUAUAAUGAAAAUACAAAACAAAAAAAAAAAAGAUAAAGAAACUAUAAAGUUCCAAGAAAUAAAGAAUAAAUACGAGAAAAUAGAGGAAAUUUACAAUGAGAAUAAAUACGAGGAAAUCAAGAAUGAAUACGAGGAAAUAAAUAGUAAAUACGAGGAAUCAGAUGAAAGUGCAAAGAAGGAGAUGAAGAUUGAAUACGAGUACAAAAAGGAAGAAUACGAGUACGAGACAAGAAAGAAAGAAUACAAGGAAAUGUGGAAAGAAUAUGAGGAGAAAAAGAAAGAACACGAGAAAGAAUACAAGAAAAUGUGUAAAGAAUAUGAGGAAAAAAAGAAAGAAGACGAGGAAAUAAAUGAUGAACACGAGGAAAUGAAUGAUGAGUACAAUAAAAUAGAAAUAUACAAGGAAGUGAUGAAAGAACACGAGAAAAAGAUCAAAGAACACGAGAAAAAGAUGAGAGACAACGAGAAAGGGUGGAAAGAAUAUCAGCAGCAAAAAAAGAAAAAAUACGAGGAAUUUUACAAAUACGAGAAAAUCAAGAAUGAAUACAAGGAAAUAAAUAGUAAAUACGAGAAAGCAGGAGAAAGUGCAAAGAAGGAGAUGAAGAUUGAAUACGAGUACAAAAAGAAUGAAUACGAGUACGAGAAAAAAAGGAAAAAACACAAGAAAAUGUUGAAAGAAUAUGAGGAAAAAAAGAAAGAAUAUGAGGAAAUAAAUGAUGAAUACGAAAAAAUAGAUGAUAAAGGAUGGAAAGAAUUCGAGGAAAAGUGGGAAGAAUAUCAACAAAAAAAGAAAAAAUACGAGGAAAUAAAGGAUGAAUAUGAGAAAUUAGAAGAAGAUAAAAAAGGGGAGAAGAAGACUGAGUAUGAGGAAAAAAAGAAAGAAUACGAGGAAAUAGCAGAUGAAAAAAUUAAAGAAUACGAGAAAAAGUGGGAAAAAUAUCAACAAAAAAAGAAAAAAUACGAGGGAAUAAAGGAUGUAUAUGAGAAAUUAAGAGAUAAAAAGAUGGCGAAGAAGACUGAGUACGAGGAAUCAAAGGAAGAAUACGAGAAAAUAGCACAUGAAAAAUUUAAAGAAUACGAGAAAAAGUGGGAAGAAUAUCAAGAAAAAAAGAAAAAUUACAAUGAAAUAAAGAAUAAAUAUGAGAAUCCAGAAGGAAAUAAAAAGAAGGCUAAGGACAAGGACAAGAAAGUAUACGAUGAAAAAAAGAGAGAAUAUGAGGAAAUAAAAGAUGAAAGAAUGAAAGAAUACGAGGAAAUAGCAGAAGAAAAAAUGAAAGAAUACAAGGAAAAGUGGGAAGAAUAUCAACAAAAAAAGAAAAAAUACGAGGAAUUAAAGGAUAAAUAUGAAAAAUUAGGAGGUGAGAAGACUGAGAAUGAGGAAAUAAAGAAAGAAUACGAGAAAAAAAAGAAAGAUUACGAGGAAAUUAAAGAUGAAAAAAUCAAAGAAUACGAGAAAAUGUGGGAAGAAUAUCAAGAAAAAAAGAAAAAUUACAAGGAAAUAAAGGAUAAAUUUGAGAAAUUAAAAGGAAAUAAAAAGGUGGCAAAGAAGACUGAGUACGAGGAAAUAAAGAAAGAAUAUGAUGAAAAAAAGAAAGAAUAUAAGGAAAUAAAAGAUAAAAAAAAGAAAGAAUACGAGGAAAUAGCAGAUGAAAAAAUGAAAAAAUACAAGGAAAUAGCAGAUGAAUAUGAGAAAUUAGAAGAAGACGAAAAGAAAAAAUACGAGGAAAUAAAGGAUGAAUAUGAGAAAUUAGGAAAUGAAAAGGUAGCGAAGAAGACUGAGUACGAGAAAGAAAAGAAAGAAUACGAGGAAGAAAUUAAAGGAAAAAAAAAAAAAUAUGAAAGAAAAAAGAAAGAAUACGAGGAAAUAAAAGGUAAAUAUAAGAAAUUAAAAGGAGGGACUGAAAACAAGGAAGAAAUUAAGAAAAAAAAAGUUGAAUAUGUAAGUAAAAAGAAUGAAUACAAGAAAGAAAUAUGGGAAUACAAGAAAAUAAAGGAAGACGAAAUGGAGAAUCCACGGGAAGGAUACGAGAAGGCAAAGGAAGAUUACGAGAAGGCAACUGAUGAUUACGAGAAGGCAAUGAGUAAUGAUUACGAUAAUAAUUACGUGAAGCUAAUGAGUUAUGUGAACAUAAUUGAUAAGAAUAAAGGAAUGGAGGAGUACAAUGAAAAAAAGGAAGAAUUGAAAUACGAAAAAAUAAAGAAAGAAUACAAGGAAAAAAAGAGAAAUUAUGAGGAUGCAAUGAGAAAAAAGGAUAAAGAGAUAAUGAAAAUGCUCGGGGAUGAAAUGGAGAAUGAGGAUGGAAAUGAAGGAAAACAGAACGAAGUGGAGUAUUUAAAUGAUAUUAAAAAGGCAACGGAAAGAUACGAGAAUGAACAUAAGGAAGAUGAACAAACAAAGAAAGAUUAUGUGGAAAAAUUGAGAGAAUACAUUAGCGCAAAGCAAAAUAAAUACGAUAAACAAAGGAUAAAUAUAGAGGCUGAGUCAAGGAUAAAAUACCGGGAAGCGAGCGAAAAAUACAUUAAAGAUAAGGUGAACAAAAUAAUGGCUAAAUACAAAGAUACACCGGUGGAAGAAUCCGAGGAAGCAAUUGCAAAACACGAGAUAGAUGAAAAUGAUGAAAUAAUGAAAGAUGAUGAGCCGGCGAAAAAAUCCAAGGAAACAAUUGAAAAACACGAGAUGAAAAAAAAUGAAUACGAGAAAAAAUUAAAUGAUUGUGAGAAAACAUUGAAAGAAUACAAGCAACAAAUGAGGAAACGCAGUUAUGGUCAUACACAUGGUUAUACAAAUUUUAAAGAUUUGUGUGAUAAGCAAGAGAGAAUAAGAGAUAAAAUGGCUAUGUUCGAAUAUGAGUUAAAAAUGAUUGAAUUUGAGGAAAUAAAGAGAGAAUACUAUUUCAUUAAAGAAAAAAAUGAUAGGGAUAUAAUUAAUAAAGUAUACCAGGAAAAAGAGAAAGAAUAUAGGGAAGCUAAGAAAAGAUUCGAUGACUUAACGAAGAAAAUAACUAAAAAAUACGAUGAUUUAAUGAAAGAAUAUGAGAAAGCAAAAGAGAAAAAAAAGAAGGAAGAAACAAAAAAAGAAUAUAAGGGAAGAACCAAGGAAAUUAAGGAAAAAAUUAAGAAUGAAAUCGAUAGAAUUAGAAAUGAAAUAGGUUGUGAUGGAAUUGCAUUUCACAAUUAUGCUGGUGGAAGUUUCAAAAAGCAAAAUGAAAUCAUUAGAUUCAAACCGAAAGAACUGAACGACCUUGAAAAAGGACUUUCUAUUAGUGAUAAUAAGAGUAUUGAAUGUAUGAAAAUCGAAGGUCACGUCUUGAUCGACAUACUUGAGACAGGAUUCCUAAAUUAUAUUGUUUAUUCUCACCGUUCUUCUAAAAAGCAUGGAUUACUAAAAUGGUUAAAGUUGAAUUACAAUCCAUAUAAUUACUUGUCUAACUUGAAUUACAAUGCUUACAAUCCGUAUAAUUACUUGUCUAACUUGAAUUACAAUACUUACAAUCCAUAUAAUUACUUCUCUACUUUCCACUCCACAAAAGAGGAAAACUCCACAAAAGAGGAAAACUCCACAAAAGAGGAAAACUCCACAAAAGAGGAAAACUCUUCAAAAGUGGAAAACUCUUCAAAAGUGGAAAACUCUUCAAAAGAGGAGGACAUUAAAAUGAAAUUUAUUCUGUGGGAUCUAAACUUCGCAUCGGAGAAUCAGGAUGAGCUAGAAUUCGCAUGGGAGAAACAGGAAUCAGAGAAACUGGUGAAUGUCGAAGUUAAGAAGACACUGGGACUGAAGGAACAAGAACUGAUGGAGCUGAAACAGGAACAAAAGAAAAUAGAACCAAAUUCCUCACUCAUUGGAGGUUUGGCUUUGAACCAAUCCCUAAUUUCUAAUUCUUAA